AUGCGUGGUGAAUUUGGUGGCCUUAAAUCACUAAUUUUGAAAGAAAAUAAAUCGGCUCAUUAUGUCCAUUGUUUUGCUCACCAAUUGCAGUUAACACUUGUAGGAACUGCAAAGAAUCAUGUUGAUGUUAUUUGGAUCUUUGAUUUUGUUUCCGAUAUAAUUAAUGUGAUUGGAUCUUCUUGUAAGCGAAGAGAUAUCCUUCGAGAAAUGCGUGCAAUGAGACUUGCUGAGGCAAUAAAUAAUGGUGAGAUCAAAACAGGAAAAUGGCUAAAUCAAGAGCUUGGACUGAAGAGACCAGAUAUUUUGGGAAUCACAAACGAGUUGUCAUUAGCUUUGCAAAGAGAGGAUCAAGAUAUGAUCAAUGCGAUGCACUUGGUGGAAACAUCAAUGAAGUGCCUCCAAUUGUUGAGAGAUGAUGAAUUUGAAGACUUACUUGAGAAGGUAUAUCAAUAUUGUUAUGGUCAUGAUAUUGACAUACCUAAAAUGGAUGAUAUUUAUGUGACUCCAGGAAUAUCAAAACGAAGAACUCCCACAAAUCAGUUUUGCACAUCAUUAAUUGUUUUGCAGCUUCAAGAGCUAAAUACUCGUUUCAAUGAACUUAAUACAGAGUUGCUUCUUUGUGUUGCUUGCUUGAGACAUCAGGACUCAUUUCAUACUUUUGAUGUGACAAAAUUGGUAAGAAUGGCAGAGUUUUAUCCAAAUGAGUUUUAUUUAGGGGAUGCUAGAGCACUUUCUUCCGAGUUGAUAAAUUAUAUCACUGAUGGGCGAUAA